GCACUCUCCUCUGUCAGUCGUGUGGGAAGCUCCAUGAAUGCGGCUGCACACUAGCAGACUUCUGCACCUGAUCCCGUUGCGCCUCUAUAGGACGAGGUAAUGCAAACCUCCUCUCCUCCUCCACUAUCUCCGAUCUCUUUUUCUGGAUACAAAUAUAUAUUUUUUUCCUUUUUAAUCUAAGAGGAACGCUUUACCGGUCCUCCAAUUUCCUCCCAUCCGCUGUGCUCUCUGACUGGGGGGGGGGAGGGAUGGAAGGGACGGUGAGAGCGCGGACUUUCCUGCUCCUAUUUUGUUGCACCGGAGCGGACUGAAGGCUCAGUGACAAGUAAUUUCUUUUUGAAACAUGUCUUAUGUGUAGUAUUGACUUCUCUUUAUUUUAACCCCUGACUGAAACACCAAGAACAACGUUGGAAAUAUGUUUCCAGGAUGGAAAAUAACCCACAGUCUGACUGGAGCGCAUUGGCUGUUCCUUACCCCUUUGCGCAACUUCAGCUCGUAACGACCCAGUAUUUAUUAUUCCAUGGAUCGCUGAAGGUUGCGGUGCAGAUCUGAAUCCGGGCACACAGUGUUGGAACCUCCUUUCUCCCCUGUUUUGCGUUGGGGAAAAGAACCCUUUGAGAAUGAGAGGUUUAUCUGGCUGCAUCCACCUUGCACCCUUUUCCUUGCUUCGGAGUCUCUGGAAUCGCCGUCAACAUCUCUAAAGGUAAAAAAAAGGCAAAAGGAAAGAGGGGGAAGAUCUCUACUUCACCAUACUUCUGUUCUCUUCUCGCCUUUUCUACCUCCUCUAUAAGCAAAUGAGCCCUCUCCCAUGGAGGUAGUGCAGCCGCUCUGGGGGCCCAAUGACCAGCGGGGAGAUUUUUCCAAGCAAAAGGAGCCCGUCAGCAAGAGGUGCAUCGGAUGAAAUCAGACCCCCGCACCCUCCCUAUACAUCCACCCCACUUCCUUUUCCUCCUCUGUUACUCCCCACCCUACCCUCUUCCCUAUUCCUCCUUCUAGUUUAGCUUGGAUUGUGUUAAAGCUGCACAGGGGCAUAAAGGGGCUAGAGAAACCUUGUUGCACCCCCUCAAAUCCAUCUGCGCUCUUACACUCGAGCUGGAAGGACUGUUUUGCGCACGUCUCCAUCAAUGCUGCCCCAAGUCUCCAGAGGGAGCCGCGCUCAUUGCCACCGCAGCUUUUGGUUACUAAAUGGUUUACUGGGGGAGGUUUUCUAACCGGCGAGAUGCUGCUCGUACCCCUGCUGGCAGCCUUUUUUUCCUCCAUCUCGGGCUCCCUCUCCUCAUCCCUCUCCUCCAUGUCAGACGGACCUCCGAUGACGGACCCCACUGCCUUGGACCUGAUGGCCGAGACCUGCAUUGCCUGCUCUUGCAUGUCGGUGGAGAACGUGCUGUACGUCAACUGCGAGAAGAUCACCGUCUAUAGGCCCACGCAGCUCAUCCCUCCGGCCUCCUCCCUGUACCACCUGAACUUCCAGAACAAUUUUCUGAUUGUGCUGUACCCUAACUCGUUCCUCAACUUCACCCACGCUGUGUCACUGCAGCUGGGGAACAAUAAACUGCAGAACAUUGAAGGUGGCGCGUUCAUGGGGAUGAGCGCGUUGAAGCAGCUGCACCUUAACAAUAACGAGUUGAAGGUGCUGCGAGCUGACACUUUCCAAGGCAUUGAAAACCUGGAAUACCUUCAGGCUGACUACAAUCUAAUAAAAUACAUUGAAAAGGGAGCAUUUAACAAACUACACAAACUCAAAGUGCUGAUUCUGAAUGAUAAUCUCAUACAGGCACUUCCUGAGAACAUUUUCCGCUUUGCCUCUCUCACACACUUGGAUAUAAGAGGAAACAGGAUCCAGAACCUUCCUUAUUUAGGAGUCCUUGAGCAUAUCGGCCGGAUCGUAGAGCUGCAGCUUGACGACAACCCCUGGAACUGUACCUGUGAUUUAGCACCUCUGAAGGCGUGGCUUGAAAACAUGCCCUACAAUAUUUUUAUUGGCGAGGCCAUAUGUGAAACACCAAGUGACUUAUAUGGGAGGCUCCUGAAAGAAACCAACAGACAGGAGCUUUGUCCCAUGGGAACGGGAAGCGAAUUUGAUAUUAAGAUGCCACCUGCACAGCCUGAAAAUGGGCAGGGGCCAUCUAAAAUGACGCCAACCACAGGGGCUCCAAAAUCGCCAAAAACAACUGACUCGUCUAAGUUUUAUGGAAACGGCAUUGUGGCUGGUUUACCCCCUUUUGGCAAAAACAGAGAGCUUGUUCCACGGACUCCCCUAAUGUUGUGUCCACUCCCUUGCAGCUGUAAGGCCCAUCCCUCUGACUUUGGUGUUAGCGUAAGCUGUCAGGAAAGGAGUAUAAGAAAUCUUGCUGAUCUUAAUUCCAAACCCCCAAAUGCCAAGAAACUUCACCUAAGUGGGAAUUACAUCCGUGAUAUCAGCCCAACUGAUUUCCAAGGCUUUGAGGGCUUAGAUUUGCUUCAUCUUGGCAGUAAUCAAAUUGCAGUGGUACAAAAAGGUGUGUUUGCUAACCUUACUAAUCUAAGGAGACUGUAUUUGAAUGGAAAUCAACUUGAACAGCUACACCCAGAGAUGUUUCUGGGCCUCACAAACCUCCAGUACCUUUAUUUGGAAUACAAUGCCAUUAAAGAGAUCCUUGCAAGCACAUUUGACUCUAUGCCCAAUCUACAACUCCUGUAUCUCAACAACAAUGUCCUUCGGAGUCUCCCAGCCUAUAUCUUUGCUGGUGUCCCUCUAGCCAGGCUCAACUUGAAAAACAACCACUUCAUGACAUUGCCAGUGAGUGGUGUCCUGGACAAUCUGCGGUCGCUGACCCAGAUAGAUCUAGAGGGCAACCCAUGGGAGUGCUCCUGCGAUCUGGUCGCACUCAAGCUUUGGCUGCAGAGGCUCAGUGAUGGAGUGGCUGCAAAAGAGGUGAAAUGUGCCUCCCCUGUGAUGUUUGCCAACAUUGAGCUGCGUCUGAUUAAAAAUGAGAUUCUCUGUCCUAAACUCACGACACUUCCACCUAUCUCAAGCUCCACCCCGAUUGUGACCUCAGUAUCACCCGCAGGAGUCGGCAAGGCACCUCCAGGAGGACCUGUGCCUCUCUCCAUUAUGAUCCUCAGCAUACUUGUGGUGCUUAUCCUAACUGUGUUUGUGGCCUUCUGCCUUCUAGUCUUUGUCCUAAGGCGGAAUAAAAAGCCUGUGGGUCGACAAGAGGGGCUGGGGAACCAGGAGUGUGGCUCGUUGUCUCUACAGCUUCGUCGCCAUGGCCACAAAUCCGGCAAGAAAGGGUCCAUCCCUGGGGAUGACUUGGGAGGUGAAACGUUCAUUCCCCAGACCAUUGAGCACAUUGGCAAGAGCCACACCUGCGGCAUUGGACGCUCCUCAGACAUGGACGCCGGCUUCAAGUUUGCUGACUCGCAGAGACAGAAGAUCAUCCUGCGAAACUGUUCCGACAAGGACAAGGACCUACUCUCCACCCUGGAGCGCAACAAACGCCUCAGCACCAUCGAUGAACUCGAGGAGUUUCUCCCCAACCGAGAGCCCAGCCUGUUCAUCCACAACUUCUUGGACAGUAAAAGAGAUUUUAACAGUAUAGGGAUGGGCGGGUAUGAAAUCCGCUAUCCUGAAAAGACACUGGAUAAAAAGAUGAAGAAAUCAUCACUCAUAGGUGGAAACCACAGUAAGAUCGUGGUGGAGCAGAGGAAAAGUGAGUAUUAUGAGUUGAAAGCCAAGCUCCAAGGGACGCCUGAUUACCUGCAGGUGCUCGAGGAGCAGACUGCCCUGAGUAAAAUGUAGGAACUGGUUUUGUUUGAUGGUCAGCACUGAUUGCACACACAUCAAGCCAAUAGACAGGCAAACUAUCUUAUUUCUGUUCUCUCUUCAAGUCUCACACACACACACAUACACGCCAUUCAAACCCUCUCGUCUCUGGCUUUCUUUCUUCAACUCUAUGUCCACAUCCACACACACACACGCUCAUACACACACAGAACAAAAAAGUGCCUUCUGGAAAUCCUUAAUGACCAAUGCAGAGAUAGACAAAAUGGCUCCACACUACAAAGCUAUUAUUAGAAUCAGAGCGGAUGUAUUUCAGAGUAAGAGACCUUUUGGAUAUUCCAUUCCACUACCUGUAUGAAUCCCGCAAACUAAUAACAGGAUCCCCCAAAAACAAAAAAAAAAUCAAAAUUACAGUCGUAGUAUUUUUGCUGCUAUUGAAAUGGAUACUUUUUUUUGUUCUCUUUUUGUUCUUUUCCUCCUCCUUUUGUUGUUUCAACCAAAUCAAAGGGUCUUGAAAACAGUGCUUGAGAAUAUACCUCACUGCCAUCAGGCCGUGUUUAACAAAAGGAAAAAGCAGGGGGAGCGUCGGGUGUUGAUCGCUUGGAGAGAAUCAAGGGAUUGUUGAAUCUGGAAUGAGGUUUUGAACACUUACUGACUUUUAUGGAUGCUACUUUUUUCCCCAUCUUGUUUUUUUUUUUAUUAUUAUUUUUAUUGUGAGGUUGUCCACAUCUGGGGAUCCUCUCUGAAGUCAACAGCAGACUCUCUGCCAUCUUGUCUGGAUUACCCACCAGCAGCAGCACACCUGCUCUUUGCUGGGAAGAUAAACGGCUCCUGUUUUGCAUUAAUGGCAACUGACGGCACUGUAAAACUCUUCUUUUUUUUUCUUUUCUUUUUUUUUUUGGGGAAUGAUUUAACGACUUGCUUUCUUGUGUAAAGAGCCAUGUUAAAUAUAGUGUCUUCUGAAUGGAGUUGUGUUUCUCUUUGAAGUUGCUACUUACAGUAAACGUACGUUUCUUUUUUUCUUUUUUUUUUUUUUUCUGGGUGAAAUCUAACGGCACAUACACUGUCAGAGACGUUAUUUCUUGAAAAAAAGAGAGAGAGAAAAAAAGAAAAAAUAAACCCGAAGGAAAAAAAAAAAGUUACAAAGCUGCUUGCCAUGUAAGCGUAACCUGGAAUUUAUUUUGUAAGUCUUACAUUGUUUGUAUCUGUGGGACUGAUUUGUAAAUUACAAGGACAGACUAAUAUCUCCACACUGAUACUUUGCGACGGAGCAUCUUCGAGAGACUUUGAGUCAGAGUGUUGAAACCAACCCAUAAUAUAUUUCAAUCAGCGAUCCUGCACCCCUCGCCAGCUCUCAAUUCUUAGUUAAAAGAAUUAACAACAUAGUUCAUUUAUUUUUCUAUGCAGGAUUAUUUAAGAGGUAUUGGUUUUAUUUCAAAGGGGGUAAGAAAAGGAGCAGAGAGGACUUGACAAAACACUUCAGAGCUAUUUCAGGCCACAAAGAGUCGACUGUUCUGUUGUUCUAAGUGGGUCUUUGCUUCUUUCCAUUUUGCUGAGCAGCUUGAACCUGCAGAAACACAAAGUGUGAAAUGUAAUCUUUAGCGUUUCUUCUCGAAAGAUGACAGAACGAGGCCUGGUAGUCUGCAAAACUCCUGAGCAGUUUUCCCGAUUCUUCUAUCUCCCACAGUAUGUUGUGAAAAAAAAAAGUUAAAAAAAAAAAGGUUUCUUAUCAACAUUAUGCAACCAAAAUAAAUGUGCAUUAAACUUGAUGUGCUUCUGGCAUUGUUGGGCUUGGGGAGAGGAGGCGUUCUGAGGCGAACAAAUUGAGGCUCUGAAUUAUUAGACUUGGACAGAAUCAUAUCGUAAAACACCAUGUGCAAUAUUAGUAGUAAAAAAACAAACAAAAAAAACGCUCAGACAUGACGGCUUCAAAUAAUUUUAUUUAGUUUGGGGUUAUGUUGUCAGGACAAGUUCUAUUUUAAAAUUCUUUUAUCAGCUUAACUCUAUUUGGUCCUUAUUUAAAAAGCAUUAUUAAGUUAAAUUUCUGAGUGUUUUUGACAUUACAACUGAGUAGAAUGUAUCAAGAAAAGUAUAAUAAAUACAAUUUUCUAUUGGUCAGAAAUCUCCUGUAUAUUGGUUCAUUUUCUCUUGUAUAAUCAUGUUGAAAUCAAGGUAUUAAAAUGAGCACCUAUUUGCA